GUUUUAUAUAGUAGACAUUAUUUUAUAACUGUAUCCUAUCAACCAUUAUGUGCUGCACAUAUUUACUUCUUGUGUUCUUGUUUUCCUCUCUGGUAUUCGAAAUUAGUGGAAAACAGUGGAAAAUGAAUGCUGCAAUGUCAGAAGAAAAACUUGGUCGGACAAGAAGAGAGCAUGGUUUCAAUCUGUAUAAAACUAUCGAAAUUAUCAUGAACUCACAGAAAGAAUUGUAUGAUACCAAAACUCGUCACUUUGAAGCCCAAAUUCAAAAACAAAAUGAAAGGAUAGAAAAACUGACAAAAAACCUGGACAAGAAAUAUGAUAACCUGGUUAAAGAUAUCGCUUCAUUCAAACGCACUGAGAAGUCUAAAAACAUAGGAUUUUCGGCUGGAGUUAAAAACAGUGUAAUACUAAAACCUAAUGAAAUAGUUAAAUUCAAUGUUAUCAAAUCAAAUGAAGGAAAAGCAUACGAUCCUGCUACAGGGAUAUUCUUGGUACCAAUUAGUGGGACUUAUAUGUUUACAAGUACUAUUCUAACUAAAGCUAGCUCUGCUUUGGAAAUUUGCUUAAAAGUUAACCACAAAAUUUAUAUCAUGUGUGUGUACCCUACAGCUGUGGAUGGUUAUAACAGUGCAACAAAUUCUGUUGUCCUAAAACUAAAGAAAGGAGAUCAUGUUGUUAUGACUAAAAAUUGGACUUUAGGUCGAAAGCCAUUCUAUGUACAUGGUAACAGCAGUUGGAGCACCUUUUCUGGAUUUUUAAUUCAUACAUAAGUAAAUGAAGCAAUAAAGUUACAGGAAAACA